GUGGAAACUUAGUUAAGGAAAAUCAUUUUUACAGCAAGAAGGAGGAAACUAGGAAGGCAAGAACAGUGCAUAAUAUUCCAUCCAAUCCAACAUGCAUUGUAAUUGAAUUUUAAUUAUAAUUCACAAGAAUUUAUGCCGUUUGAAGAAUGUCUUCCAAAUUAAACAUCCUUGACAGACCAUUGAGCAAAGGAAGGUCUGAGAUAAAUAUUACCUCCUUUGCCUUGCUGUUCUCUGAAAUUGUGCAGUAUUGCCAAGGAAGAGUACUAACAGUGACAGAGCUUCAAGAUAAACUUUCUGAGUUUGGCCACCAUGUUGGACAAAGAAUAGCUGAUGUUCAUGUUCAAAGGGAGAGGGGAUUUAAAAGGGAGAUCAAAAUACAAAAGAUGCUGUUAUUUAUUCAUUCAAACAUUUGGAAGUCUCUCUUUGGAAAAGAGGCAGAUAAACUGGAACAUGCAAAUGAUGAUGAAGCAACUUAUUAUAUAAUUGAGAAGGAACCUUUAGUCAACAAAUUCAUUUCAGUACCAAAGGACAAGGGAAGCCUCAACUGUGCAGCAUUUGUGGCUGGAAUAAUUGAAUCUAUUCUUUGUGGUGCUGGUUUUCAAGCCAAGGUAUCCGUUCACUGGCAUAAAGGGACAACCUUUCUUAUCAAGUUUGAUGAUUCAGUUAUCGCAAGAGAAAAGGCAAUGGACAGCAAAUAGUUUGAUAGCUCACUGAUUUUAAAUCCUCACUUUGAUAACUCACUGGUCAAACAUCACUGAUCUAUCCAAAAAUAUAAUGGAACAAAUAGAAUUAGUUAUCUUAUUUUCCCAGCAAUUUUGGGGAAAGGUAAGAUUUCUUAGACACUUGAGUUUGUGUUUGACUAAAUGAGGCAAAACUGGAACGUUUGUUUGUAUUUUUAUCACAAAACUUUUGAGUGUAUAAAGCAGGACUAGGAUGCUAUUGUAAUUUCGGCUUAUAAAUUUAAGUCUGUUUAGUUUUCUAAUGGAUUGGUGCUUCUAUUUAGUUUCAGAAAAUUUGUAGUACUUUCUUGCUCAAGUAGGCCUUAACCCAAGAAAUUUUAAUGCAAAAAUCCUUGGGCAAGAGAAUGUUGAAAACAGUUAGGUGAGGCACAGCCAGAAUAAUUUUAAUAAGUUGAAUUAUGUUAUAUCUUUGAAAAUUUAUAUUUCAUUUUAUCUUGAAAUAUAGGCUAGAUUUUGAUCAA